AUGCAGAAAGAGAGGGGAUUUUAUCAAAAGGAAGAAUCGGUAAUGGAAAAGAAAGUCGAUUUAGAAGAGAUGUUCACUAGAUUUAUAGUCGCGUACGAGAAAAGACAUAAUGAUCAUGAUGCUGCAAUACAAGAGACCAGAAAUAUGCUAAGGAAUCAGCAGGCAUCUAUUCUCAAUAUUGAGAAACAGCUAGGACAACUUGCACAUCAAGUGAACGAGAGAAGAUCAUGUCAACUUCCAAGUAACGCUGAGAAUAAUCCAAGAAUGGAGAAUGUGAACGCUGUGACUUCCAGCUAUGAAGAAAUUUUCACACCUGCACAGAAGAUCUCCAAGGUGAAUACAGAAAAGGCAGAAGAAGCCAUGUCUGAUGAAAAGGUUAGAGCAUACAUAGAUUUUAUGGAGCAUGUUCGAGCCCUUCAAGUCAACGUUCCAUUUGUAGAAACAAUGCUUCAAACGCCCAAGUAUUUUAACUUGCUAGAGGGUCUUUUUGCUGCUAGAAAAGAUUUAGCUGAAGUCGGGAAGAUAGUAUUGAGUGAGCUACCAGAAAAGAAGGGCGAUCCGGGGAGCAUCAUAAUUCCUUGCCAAUUUGGAAAUGUACUUGCCACUCAAGCGUUGACCGAUUCGGGUGCAAGUAUCAACUUAAUGCCCUUCUCUUUCUUCAAGAAGCUGAAUUUACCGGAGCCAAGGCCUAUUAAUAUGAAGAUCCAUUUGGCGGACAAGACGACUAUUCAACCAAGAGGUGUUUGUGAAGAUCUCCUCAUUAAGGUCGACAAAUUUAUUUUUCCCGUGGACUUUGUGGUACUUGAUAUGGAAGAAGAUCCCGGAAUUCCAAUUAUUUUGGGGAGAUCAUUUUUGAACACCGCAUGCGCAUUGAUAGAUGUAUGCGAGUCCACACUAAUGGUGAGGGUAGGAGAUGAGUCAGCGGUGUUUAAAGCUUUACCAGGGAUCAAGCAAGAAGAAGGAAGAAAAGAAGAAAUCUCAUUCAUUGAUUUGGAUGAUGAAAUACUUCAAAAAGAACUUGCACUUUUGCAAGAAGAAGAUCCAAGUAAGUUUUUGCUAUCCUCUGGAGGUAAUGAAGAUGUUGACAAAGACUUGGAGGAGAUCGAGAAGUGA